GCCGGACGAGUCAGUGUUUUCACCGUAUCUCUAUGUGAAUGUUUGUCGUAUUCGUUUGAAAUUUGACUGAGCAUAUUUUGCGUUCAUCUCGACGAGUUCCGUUCUACGUUUUUCGUGUGUUCUCGCAAUCUUCAUUGACUACAAUCCAAGAUGUCUCUUUUACCAUUCUUAUUGGAUGAAUUGUCUCGGCCAAUCAUGUACGAUCAAAACUUUGGUCUCGGUUUACUGGAUGAUGAUUUACUCGUAGGACCACAUCAAUAUGGUCGUAGUCGUUGCCCAAUUUUGUUGAAGUCUUACAUAAGACCACAUCGUUUAACUUCUGCUGCACAAAGUGGUUUAUCUUCCGUGCAAAAUGACAAAAACAAUUUUAAGGUGAAUUUAGAUGUCCAGCAGUUUAAACCAGAAGAGGUAUCUGUCAAAGUUGCGGAUGGCUACAUAGUGGUAGAUGGAAAACACGAGGAACGCAGUGAUGAACAUGGUUACAUUUCACGUCAGUUUACUAGGCGUUAUAAGAUGCCAGAUAAUGUUGAUACAGAUUCUAUCACGUCUACUUUAUCCUCAGAUGGUGUGUUGAGUAUUGGAGCUUCGAAAAAGAUUCCUGAAAAAGGUGCUGGAGAAAGGCCAAUUCAAGUUGUUCAAACAAACCAACCAAUUAAACAAUCUUCGAACAAGGAUAAUGAAAACAAUCAGAGCAUGGAAACCGACCAGUAAUUAUUGGCCUUUUUUUUUUUUUUCAUGUUAUUGAAGGAUUCAAUGUAAAAGUAGAUUAAUUUCACUAUAUUUUCAAGAAUCCUAUAAUAAUUUUUGUAUACCUAUAUGAUUUCUAGAGAAGGAAUUUUUUUUUGUAUAUUAAUAAGUUAUGUA